UAAUCGUUGGUUAGGUGAUGACUUCGUCUGCCGCGCAGGACGACUGUGACUUGUGCGCGUAACUUGGCUAGAGUUUUUCUUUCCCUCUUUUUUUCCCCCGAUUGUGCUCUUAUUUUUCGCGAUGGGUUCGUGACAGGAGACUUCUCCCUUCCAUGACCGGAAAAUAAAAAUAUUGCGUCGAUCGCGAUUUUUAUUAUUCUGUGCACCUUUUGGAUUACACCAUCCAUGAAUAUUUCUUUGCCAUUAAAUCUGCAGCAGUAUGGAGUAUUAAGAAUGUGUGUUUGUGUCGGCAUAUGUCCUGCGUAAUGGGGGAUCCGAAGACUGUUUUGGAGGGCAGUGUCAAGUACAGAGAUAAGAAAAAGUGGAAAUCAAGGUGGGCUGUCGUUAGCAAGCUGUCUCCUGUUGCAGACUGCUUGCACAUUCAGUUAUACCGUGACAGCAAAGAGCGUUGUAAGAAUGGUCCCACGAAGGCCUCUCUCUCCCUGGAAGACUUCUUGGGCCUGGAGACGGGCUUCACGCUCGACAAGGAGAGCAACACGCUGGCUAUCAUUUGCUCCGAGCUGGUCGUGGUGCUCGCUUUCGACAAUCGGGAGCUCCUCAUACAGUGGCAGGUCAAGAUCAGAGCAAACCUUGUCGAAGAGCAGCAGUUCCUAGUGCAGAUUGCUCAUGUUCCCUCGAAGAGCAAGCUUCCCUGUGGCCCGUGUCGUCUACAUCUGCAGGAUUACACUUUCUGUCUGGUAUCCGGAGUACCACCCAGGCUUCUCGGGACCUGGCCCAUCAAGGAACUCAGGCGGUUCGGCGUCGUGGAAGGAAAAUUCUGCUUCGAAGGGGGAUCAUUAUGUGGAAAAGGCGAAGGUUUGCAUGUUCUUCACACAAACCAGUGCGAAGAGUUAUCGCAAGCAAUGGAUUUGGCCUCCAAAGGAAAGUUACAAGGAAAACGAAAGACACUAUCCAGGAAAAAUUCAAUGUUGGAGACAUCGACACGAAUGCCCCUGCACAAGCGCUGCCAUUUGGACUCGAGCAAGGGUUCGGACCACCCGACGAUGAGCUCAGGAUCCGAGGGCAGUACGUGCGACGCAUGCUCCGAGAUCCUGAGGCCAUCCGAUGACAUGAUGUAUUCCUCCAGCGCAUGCUCCAUGAAGGCAUCAUCUUGUAGAAUACAUUACAGGUGGCCCUCAUGCCUAUCCAGAUGGGGUCAGAGUUCUACAACUACUGCCAGUGACGUAGAUAGCGUUGAUACUGUGUCUAUUAUUCUCAGUGAUUUUCAAGGGGCUCCCCAUUCUGCAACAAUGUCAAAAGCUAAUGGUCAUGGGCAGUCCUUGUCGUGUCUUUGUGAUUCUCAAGGAACAUGGCCUUUCAACCAGUGUUCAAAGUGUGGACGACAAUUUUACAGUCGUGGUAGUUUGCAGAAUUCCAAAGGAAAAACAUCCCCUUCUCCUGAAAAUACUGGGAAUGAUGACACCAGUGGAUUCAGUCCGCAGUGGACGAUGGAUUCACUGAUCGGCUCCACAAACUGUAAUCAACAAUCGAAGAAAGAUCCAGCAUAUCAAAUGAUGAACCCACCUUCCGAUAGGGCAUCCUUGUGUUCACACGCUAGUCACAGUAGCAGCGCUAGUGCUAGCAGCGAGUCGGAGUAUUCUGUACCAAAAAAUUUUAUGGAUACAUUAUAUGAUAGACCUAAGAAUAUGCAACAUGCUUUUAAUGGUUUCGCUAACUGCAAACCGACAGAGACUCGACGCGCAAGUACGACUGAACCACCUGUUCCCUGUCAGGGACCGACAGAUACUUGUAUCGUGUGUCCUUGCCACGAACCAAUCAAGGAUUGGAUGACCACCUCGAUGUCCCCUUCUCAGGAAAAGCUAGCAGGGCACCAGGAAUGUGCUUGCUGGAACAAGCUGUCCAUGUCGGUCAGAAGUGAAGUCGAUAUCAGGAUGAUAAAUGGUCGGAAAAGCGCAAGUGCCAAUGCAUCGCCGAAUUCGUCUCCUAAGAAAACAAAGUAUAAUACUGGUGCUAGUACACUAAGAACUAUGAAUAAUGGAGUUUUGGACUGUGAUUUUACAUGUACCUGUGGUAAAGGAGACCCAUACGCGAAUUAUGCUAUUCCCAGAUCGUCGGCAGUUGUGUCUAAAGACUCAACAUUGGCGCCUGGACAGUCAAAUGGAAGUAAGGAUACUAAAACGCAUGUACCUGAUCCAACGGAGGAUUAUGACGUUCCUAAGAAAUUCACGGACAUGAUGUCUAACUGUGAUAUGACGCAGAAAAACUCAGCAAUGAAAUCCAUUAAUAAUAGCCCUUCUUGUUCCUGUAUGAGCGCCUGCAAAAUUGUUCAAAAUAUAGAGCUCUUCAAGAUGGCUUCCAAACAUUCCUACAACCAUAAACACGGGCCUCUCAACCCCAACACUAAUGACCCCCUUCAGAUGUGUGCCUGUCAAAGAGUCAUGCUUUGGGCUGGAAGUUUAGUCCCGUGUCUAGGACCACAGAGUGCUACCCUGGAUACUGGCUGGCAUUGCACAAAAUCUCUUGCCACUGAUGGUGCAAAUUGUUCCAGAACGUGGAUGAAUCACACUACUGCUGUCUGCAGUGAGCCACAUAGGACUACUGAGGUUGUGAUGAAAAAUGGGAAGUUAAAGCACGUGUUACGAGAAUCUUCAUGUGAUACAACAAAUGCACAAACGGUGCGAAAUCCUCUACGACCUCGAGCUAGCACUGUUUCAUAUUCUUUCUCGAAUAAACAUUCAGAUACAAGCUACACUAACUACGCCAAUAUUGAAUUUCCAUCGAAUAAGUUUGAGGAUAAGUCAUUAAAAGCGAGUGACGAUAGCUUAUCUCUAAAUUACGCUAACAUCGAAUUUGCGGAGACUUUACCUCUGUACGAAAAUUCGAAUUUAGUUUUAUCUCGCUUAGAAACUGAUGAUAAAAAAGAAGCUGUAGUACCUAAUAAACCUCCCCUUCCUCCUAGAUGUCACAUGAACGCAAGCAAGAAGUUUUCCGACAGCAUGGAUAAAGAUGAGAAAUGUAAGUGCAAACAGGUGUCCAGUAAUCCUAAUCGUAGUCCCAAAAAGAUAAUCGACAAGCAAAUAAAUGGAAGUGCUUAUGAGAUGAUGUGUUACGAAAAAGCUCCUACCCACAGCCAAUCCGAUGAGGAUUAUUUGAUGAUGCAACCUCUCUGUAUAAAAGAAGAUAAAGCAUCGCCUUCAAAGCAAAUCUUAGAGAAACCUGAUUCUACAACCUCCAAUACUACUGUUUCUGUACAAAAUGAUGAGCCUGAGACAGAGAUUCGAGAGAACCUCCCUCUUAGGCCUUUCAUGCCUUAUUCUUAUCCGAUUGCAGAAAAUACAAACUCCGGUGUACCAGAAGGCAUCUCUGGAGACACGAUGUCGAGAAAGAAUCAAUUGAUAAGUGAAGAUUUACAUAUAAGAGCUAUGAGAUCCAAUUCACUGAGUGAACUGAAGAAAAAGGUUUUAAUGCGAAAGCGAUCUAGUUCAGUUGAUGGCAAAAAUAAUGGGUACCAAUCAAAAGAUUCUGGGGUUGAAUCAGUACCAGCUUCCCCAGUUAGCAGCCCCAAACCAUCAGUAUCUCGCAAAAACUCAUUAUUUUCCAAAUUAAAUCUCCGAUCAAAAGAAAAAUCAAUGAGUACUAAUGAAAUAGACCUACCUCUUCCAUUGCCGAAUGGACAGCCUUGUGUUUUGAAUAGUAUACAUAAGAAUGGACAUCAUAGGUCUGCAGACUGCCUAAAGCCAAAUGAAGACUUCACAAAUUCGGAUGAGGAUCUGAAUUCGGAUAGCAGCGAUUUUGUCCUUCAGAAAGAAUCGUGUUUAGUCUCGUCUAUGAAACGUUCAUCUAGCGUUCCAUGUCGAGCCGGGAUGCCAACCGUCAGCAUAUCAAGCCCAGUGAGAACUAAUGAAACAAUAAUGGAACUGAAUGACUUGAAUAAGGAAACGUCUCAAAAUGUACCUGAAGGGACUGAUGACUCUCAAGAACCAGUUCAAAGAAAAUACAGCCUUGAUAGUCAUGAAAGGUCGAAACAAAGAGUCUCUAAUAGAGCUAGAUCUAACUGUGAUAAUAUAUAUAGUCAAGAAUGCUUAGAUGAAAGCGAUACAGUCAUGGAAAUGCAAGCAGGUGUUUUAAGGAGGAACCAUUUGCAUACUUCUGAUAGAGGAUCUGCUACGGACAACUGCCGAAGUAACACCAGUAGUUGCAGCUCUUCAGAUAUAAGUGACUACAUGGAAUCCUUAUCAUUCAUUUCCAGAAGUAGCAGCAGUAGUAGUGGUAGCACAAGCAGCGCAGACUACAUGCGUUCUGAAGAACUCCAUGCAUACAUGCUGAGACAAAUUCCAAGACCUCCACCGAAGAAUGCUGUACCCGGUAGCAACAAUAUUAUGAUACCUGCUAUUCACCAGAAUCGACAGGGUUCCGCGGACAUGAACGGCUCGGAUGUGGCCAAUAGUUCAGCUAAAUAUCGUUGCUUGAAUGAUCACUACGAUUCUUCAUCCGUUGGAACCAGUUCUGGUGGUUCAUUCCAAGAGAAUUAUUACCAUGGCAAAGACGAACCUCAAGUGAGACCUUGCACAAGCAUCAGAUGUAACAGAGACUCUAGGUCCUCUACGUCGUCUACUAGUUCGCUCAGUACAUCUCCCAGUGUGACAGACUAUAGUUCUUCUACUUCAUCUUCCCCGCCUUGUCAGACCAGCUUGCCUCCAAAGCCCCCGUUUACUAAAAGAAAGCCCGAAGUUAAACCCGAUGAGUCGGCCUUUGCUUAUCCGUGUGCUGAGAGGGAUCCUAAGACGAAAUAGAAGCAUUGCUGAUAUAAUUUAUGAAAUGUUUUGUAUAUAUCCGAAGUGGCGUAGCCUAUAAGUGGCGUGAUUGAUGCUUAGUAUUUAUUCAAACACCGAUAGUUUUCUAAAACUAUUUUAGGAAUGAUUUUUUAAAAUCCUGUUUUUCAUUUGUGAUCAGAGCGAAUGGUAUUGUACAUUUUGUGUGAGUAGAGUUUUAAAAAGCUAUAUUUUAAUCGUGUUUGGUACAAACACUCUUUUUAUAAGACAUAGAGUAGUUUUGUUUCUAUUGAGAAGUAUUUUGAAAUUUUAAAAACGAAUUAGUCAGUUUAUACAUUUUAUUUUAUUUUUGUGUUCUGUUACAAUUUUAAUUAUUUAAUAAAGUUUGAAAAAUAUUUUCGUUUGAUUUUAAAAAAGUGACCUCUUUUUGAUAAAUGCAGCCAAAUUGAUAAAAAUUCCAUGCAUGGAUUUCUGCACACACAUUUUAAAGUUUUAUCAGUAGCGUUUUCUCAAUGAAUGGAAACUGAAAAUAAGGCUACCAGAUAUUUUUAAUUUUCUUUUCCUUUUCUUAAUUUUUUUUUACCUACAUUAUCAAAUAUAAUUUCUAAUUCAUCAGAAUAAAAAAAAUGGAAGUAGUAUUUAAUGACAAUAAUUUAAAGGUCAGAUCA